AUGGAGGCCAGGACAUUGACGAGACCAGCCGCCACGCUGGCAUCCCUCCUCCGCCAACAAGCAACCACCACCACUACCACCGUCCCCCGACGAGGCCACAAGACCUUCUCCCGUACAAAGCGCGCCCUCAACAUCCCUCCCCACCCCGACUUCCUCCCCUCGACCCCAGCCGCCGGCGACACAAUCAUCUACAACCCGCCCUCCGCCGCCCCUUCCGUCUACCACACCCCCUUCAAGUUCCUCCCGGCCUCCGACCCCCGCCGCCGCGCAAACCUCUCCGCCCUCUUCGCAUCCUCCUCCUCACAAGCAACAUCCUCAUCAAAAUCAACAACACCCCUUCCCCCGGCCCUCAACGUCCCCUCCCGCGGCGCCAACCCGCGCUACCACCUCUCCAAGGACGACGUCGCCGAGAUCCGCAAGCUCCGCGCCCACGACCCGGAUUUCUGGUCCGUCUCGGCCCUCGCGCGCAAGUUCGACUGCUCCGAGACCUUCAUCACCAUCUGCACGCCCGCCCCGCGGGAGCACACGCAAAAGCUCGCGCAGAAGCUCGAGGCCGUCAAGGGUCGUUGGGGUGGUAUCCGCACAAAGGCCCGCGAAGACCGCUCGCGCAGAAAGGAGAUGCUCUUCCGGGGUGAGCUGUAA